AUGAAUAAUUUUCAAAAUGAAAUUAAUGUGCAAGAAAUAGUAGAACUUGUAAAACUUCUGCAUCGGAAUGGAGAUAAAGUAUUAAAUGCAUCAGGCAAGCUCUCUUUAUCAACUACUUUGUUAUAUAAUUUAAAUGAAGCUUUUGCUUUGAUUGUGGAUGGAUGCGAAGAUUUAGAAACAUCAUUUCAAGUAUGUAAUAACUCAAAAAUAAACAUAUUUUGUGAUCUGAAAUUUCUACAUGACUUUAUACAAAAAACAAUUGGAUUGAAAGUGACUUACUGUCCAAAUAAUCCCAACAUCCCUGUUAAUAUUACCAAAUUCAAAUGUUUAAAGUAUCUAGAAUUAAAAAAAAUCAACAUUGAUUCUGUAAAAGGACUUCAAAGUGUUAGAGGUGAACUUGAAAGUAUUGUCUGUGCUGGUAGAAAAGGAAUUUGUACUAUAAAACAGCUAUUAGCUAAUUGUGGUGGAGAUGCAGGUAUUGGAUUUGUAUGGGGUUCUUUAAAACAUUUGGCAUUAUCAUAUAAUGCUCUUGAACAAUUAGAUACAUCUUUGGAAUUGGUACCUUGGUUACAAGUAAUAGAUUUAAGUCAUAACUUGAUAACAUCUGCAGAUGAAUUAUCUUGUUUACCAAAUUUGAAAUAUGUAAAUCUUGGAUACAAUAAACUUAAAACAGUACCUACUUUUAAUGAAUCUGCAUCACAUUUAUUACAAGUACUAAUUCUGAAGAAUAACUACAUAAAAAAUUUAAAUGGUUUGCAAAAUUUGGAAUGUUUAAUAGAAUUAGAUAUAUCAUAUAAUUAUUUGAUGGAACAUUCAGUUUUAUGGCCAUUAGAAAAAAUGUCUGCUUUAUUAUGGAUAUCUUUAGAAGUAAAUCCUUUAUCAUAUCAUCCAACACAUCGAUUAUUAUCCAUAAAAUAUUUACAUCCAUGUUUGAGUAAUAGCAAGUUUGUUUUAGAUCAUUGGCCACUUUCAAGAUCAGAAAAACAGAUUAUUGCACAAAAUCGACAUUUUACGAUCAGAUCCGAACAAUUCGAAUCGAACGAGUUUCUUAGCUCAAUGUCAAAUUCUUUAAAUUCUAGUAGUCAACUUUCAUCUAUUAAUACAUUUACAACUAAUGAAUUUGCAGCAGGAAAAUCUACGGAUGAGACAAGUAGUAUCCAAAAAAGUUUUUUUAAAAUUAAAAAAAAAGCAAAUGUAAAGGAAGCCAUUAUUGCAGAAGCUGAGCAAGAGAAAAAGGAAUUGAAGGCAGAUCCUGGGACUUCAAAAGGUCAUUUAGAAACAAAGAAACAAAUUUUAGAAAUACGAAAAAAAUAUGGAGAAGAUAAAUGGUUAAUUAGUCCUGCUGGGAUAUUUGUUCAAGACAUUAUGGGUUUACAACCUUCAACAUGUCCAACUUUAUUAACACCAGAUUAUACAGUACAAAAUUUAGAUGGUAUUUUUAUAUCUGAAUCUUUACCGAAAGAAAUUAGUGAAAUUAACAACGAAGAAGAUAAUGAAAUUAAAGUAUUAAAAGAAGAAGAAAAUGAUCCUGAAGCUUUAUCAAUCAGUGAAAUAAAUGCUCUCAUGAAUGUAUCUGAGCCCCCAUAUGAUCCAAAGCAAGAAGUGGGGGAUUUAUAUGUAGUUAAAAAGAAGAAAAAUGCAAAUGAAAUGGAAGAAUUGUUUUUAAUAAUAACAUCAGAUAAUAUUAAAGAAAGAGAUUUUCUUACUGGAAAAUUGAAAUGUUGUUGGUCAACAAGUUCAGUGUUAUCAUGCAUAUUAGUCAAGAGUGAAUCAGUUGCAGUGGACAUAAUUUUUGAUACAACACAAGAACAUCGUCAAAACAGGAGAUAUUUUGUAGAAUCAGAUGCUGCUAAAGAGAUAGUCAAAAUAAUAGACGAGAAAAUGAAGAAAAGACAAAUAUCAUUAAAAGUUUUUAAAUGUAUGAAAUGUUCAACUCAUUUUUCACAAGAUUCAGAAUAUGUUACUCUCAUAAAUUUAUCUCAGUCAGAUACAAAACAGUUAAAAUGUUCUGCCUGUGGAAGUACCUUAGUUAUAGAAGUAGAUGAAUUGUCAACUUUGGAUGAGAAAAAAAGUAAUAUUUCUGAAGGUUCAUCAGAAUACAUUGCAAAAAAUCAGUAUUCGGAGAACCCAAUAAAAACCAAUUUACAACAUUCUGAAUCUUUCUCUAGUAUUGGUGGAACGGAGGGUGGAGCUAUAUCCGUCACCACUUCUCUGGUGCACUCCGACUCUUACACUCAAGCUCAAGUCUGCUGUUCAGCAACAAGUUUGGAAGAAUCAAGGGAAUCCACACCAUCUACAAAUGCAUUAAACAAAAAAUAUGAAAGCGAUAUAGAAGUACUUAGUAAUCCAAGCCAAAGUAGCAUUGAAGUAUUAGAUGAUGCAUCGAGAACUCAUUUGACGCCACAUAGGAAGCGUUCUUCAGAAGAAAGACAUACCGCUAUUACUCCUUCUCUUUUAACAAUACCGGAUAUAGCCCCAAUUAUGACUGGUUUAACCGAAAGUAGUUCUUCAGGUUCUUUAACAGAUAGUAUUUGUACUGCAUAUGAAAAUAAAGCAAUUAAGCAAAGUAAUGCGGAUGAAAAAUCCGUUACUAGUAAUGAUAAAGAGAUAAAAUUUGAGCCUGUAACAAAUUUAACUUCCAUGCUAGGUGGAUUACUUCAGAGUAUAAAAAUUGGUAGUAAUAAACCAUUAAUGUUAAAAGCGGAAGAAACAUCUCAUCUUAUAGGCAGUGAUAUUCAGUAUUCUUAUAUAGACUUCAGCAGUGUAGAUCACAGAAUAAAAUUACAUAUUAUUUUAAACAUAUUUGAACAUGAAAAUGAAGAGCUUGUUCUUCUCCUUAGGGCAGAAAUUCUAAUGCAAAAUGCAACAGAAACGUUUCCUGGUUGUUUGGUUUUAUCUACAUCAAAAGUUUAUGUUCUUAGAAUUAUUGGAAAAGAAGGAGAAGACCCACAGCGCUGGUUGUUUGAAGAAUGUAGUUGGACAAUUGAUAGAUUAAGACGCAUUUUGCAGAUACCAUUCAAACAAGGUGUUUUAGUAGAAUUAGAACAAUCUAAUAAAACACAUGACGAAUUGAACUCUACUAUUACAUUUUUAUGUGUUCUACAGGACUUACAAAGAACAUUAAACUUCUUACUUUAUGUUACGGAUAUUUUGUUACUACCCAUAUGUGAAAAAACUGAACUUACAGUACCAGAAUACUAUACUUCUUCGAUGCAUCAUUUGUUAAAAAAUUGCAAAAGUUACCAGGAUGGAGAUACCGUUAGACAACUUGCAUUAUUUUCUUCUGGUUUAUUAAGAUAUGAAGAUGUCGAAGUUCAACUUAAAUUAUCUAGUUUAAUAAUAACUACAUCUGUCUUGGCAAUAUGCAAUAUGCAAUGGCUUCUUCCUGGCAAUAAAGAAUUGCCCUAUAUAAAAAGGGAACAAGCAAUGAGUAAUUUGAUUGGAGUUGAACAUUGUAGGUCUUCAUUGACAUUAAACUUCUUAGACGAAUUAAUAGGUCAAGAAGAAACGUGGGUGUUAAAUUUUGUUUCUGUGAAUGCUGUUGAAGUAGUCAUUACUUCUAUACGAUCUCCAUGGGAGGAAUUAUUUUCAGUUCCCUUACAAGAUACUGUUUGCAAGUCACAAGAUAGUGAAAACAUAUAGAGCAUUAAUAUGUACGGAAAAGUAUUCUAGUCGAAUAAAACA